GCCGGACGCCGCCCGUCCCGGCUGCCGCGCGGGGGUCCGCGCCGACGCGGAGAUGAGUGCGGCGGCGCCCGCGCCCGAGCGGGGCUGGAAGAGCGAGAAAGUGGACGAGGCGCAGGCCCUGGCGCGGAGUUGCGCGGCCCGCAGACCCGACUUCCAGCCGUGCGACGGGCUGUCCAUCUGUGCCACGCACAGCCAUGGCAAGUGCUUCAAGCUGCACUGGUGCUGUCACCUAGGAUGGUGUCACUGCAAGUACGUGUACCAGCCCAUGACCCCGGUGGAGCAGCUCCCGAGCACGGAGAUCCCUGCCCGGCCCCGGGAGCCCCCCAGCACCAUCCAGAUCUCCGUCUCCCUCACCCAACACUUCCUGAAAUUUGCGUCUGUCUUCCAACCGCCCCUGCCCCCUGACUCCCCAAGGUACUGUAUGAUUUCUGAUCUCUUCAUUGACAACUAUCAGGUCAAAUGCAUCAACGGGAAGAUGUGUUAUGUGCAGAAGCAGCCAGCGCCACACUCCCACAAGACGAGCCCCGAAGAGGUCUCCGCACACGAUGCCUUAGUUUCAAAAGAGAGCGACACACCAAAAAUAGAUCCCUGCUCUUCUCCCUCCAGUUCUGAGGACUCUGGGAUCAAUGCAAUCGGGGCUCACUACGUGGAGUCGUGCGACGAGGACACAGAAGGAGCAGAACUGAGUUCCGAGGAAGAUUAUAGCCCCGAGAGCAGCUGGGAGCCGGACGAGUGUACCCUCCUGUCCCCAUCACAGUCGGAUCUGGAAGUCAUUGAAACCAUAGAAACCACCGUGUGAGAGGAAGCGCGACCACAGGGCCCUGGCUGAGAUUUUAUACUUGCGUCUGCUGGAUCCUUUUUCCAACGCCGUUGGUAUUUUCUACCCUCUCCAACACGAGCAGCUCAGUGGUCUGCUGAUGAGCGUCAUCCUUAGUCCUUUAACUGAGACAUUCUUUUUAUGAUAGUUUCCCUUUUGUAUCUUGACUUCCUUUCUAUGUAGCAUCUGGUGUCAGGAGUCAUGACCCAGCCUUAACUUCCCGCGGAUGAAGACAGCAGAGCAGCGCCGAGGAGACCAAGGCGCUGCCGGAGCCAUGACGACGCCAUGUUCCAGGUUGUCAGUCUCCCUCAGAACGGCUUUUGGCAUGGUUCUCGGCAUGCUCACAGACACCCCUCACCUGCAGGACCCAUGGGUGCAGCUGAACAGCGCGUGCACUGGGGAAAAUCAUCCGUUCCCUUCGCCCUCUCUGGACCAUCUGUACCGAGAUGGGGCCAGAGCUGCCUUGGCUUACACCUGGAGAGCCAGUGGAGGCCAGCACGGCCUGGCGUGGCCAGCAGUGACACGGCACCCUGGGGCUGAGCUGGACUUCCAUGGUAGAGAUGACCUCUUCAGCUUCUUGCUGCGCCUGGCAUUAGCUGAGCCCAGCCCACCUGUCACAGGGUGCCCAUCCCCACUGUGACACAGCGCACAGCCCAGCAGGGGUUGUGCAGGAAGCAGGUGGACUUGGCCUGGGCCAGCUGGGAUAGGUUCUGGCUUCAGGUUGGCUUCUUGAGUAUGUGUGUGGGGGGGUCACCAACAUUUUCCUGCUUUUCUUAAUUAUUCUCCAAACCUGGAGAUAACUUUAAGUUACAUAGAUAUUCUAUUUAGGAGGCAACCACAUUGAGACAAAACAAUACAGUAAUAGUUUUAGUUAGCAUGGAAAUGCUAAAGACAGAAGUCCUUUAGGGAUUAGGAAUGAAUCUAAUAGGUUUGAUUACUUCUGCUUCAUUUAGUUGUAUGAAGCAUUAGAAUGGCUUAAGUGAAAAAUGGGUUAGCAUUCAGUAUGAUGCAUGGAUUUUUUUUAUGCAAAUGCAGAAGCAGUUGAAUUAGUUUGCUGCGAAGUCAGGAGAAAAUAUUUUGUGUAAUAUUCAUUCCCUUGAGCACGCGGAUCCUCAUGUGCUCUUGUACAUGUUGUCUCACAUGCACAGAGGAGUCAUCCUCUGGUGUGGCUCCCUGCAGAAUCCUGCUCCUCGUCUCCAUUAACGCCAGAUGUUCUCGUGUGCGUUGGGUGUCUGCCACUUCUAUUGGUGAGGCACAGUUCAGAAUCCAACAACUCUAACAGUUGGCCUAAGGACACGCGGACCAAGGCACAGAACAGUAUUGCUCACAGCCCAGGUCUCUGCAAGUGGGCUCUGUGGCAUCACGCCGUCCCUGAGGGUCGCGGUCACCUGCGUCCUUUCAGAGAUGAGAAGAGGCCUGCUGUAUUCCUUUCUGAAGUCUCCACUUGGCAUCCUUCACUCACCGCUCGCGGAAGAACCUGCUAAUCAUGUAUGUGUGUGGGUCAAGUGGUUUAUUAGAACUGUUAGGGUUAGGUGCCCAAAUCAUCUGUAGGAUUUAGAAGGUGGUGUGCAUUUUCCUUUGCAAACAGUGGUAGUUAAAGCUGUUUAUGCUGGGUGAGAAUGCAGCAUAAAUCUCCCACUUUCUAUGAAACCUAAAGACAUAAAAAAAUGAAACCAAGAUGGUAAGAGAAGCUCCCAGAACAGCAGCCUGGGGGCAGCCCGGGGGCUCUGAGCACAUGGAUCUGCCCUGGAAGGUAGAUGCCUGCCUGCAAGCCACCUCCCAGGCCACCGUAGUGAGGCUGGUGGUCAGUGGUCAGUACUCGGGCUUGAGUCAAGACCCUGUGGAGCUCCACCCCGUGGGGGAGCAGCCUACAUCCCCCCCAGUGGGGCAAUUUUCUAUUCCACACUCCAGACCCACUCAUUCAACAGCCGGGCCUCCAGAGCCCACGGCCGCUGGGCCAGAGCUCCCAGGUAGGAUCCUCAGCACUGCUCUGUGACUUUUGUCAAGGUUCCUGUUUUUUUACACUCUUGAACUGCCAUUCAGAUUAGCCACGAUUUUAAUGGAAUUUUUGGAUUUGAUAAUGGUAGAUAAUCACUUUAAAUGUUUGCACAAUCUGAUUAUAAUUAAAAACUCACUAAGCCUCACUUACUACUGUUUUAUAGAAUUGGAAGUAUUCCAUUGGAUUCUAAAUACCAGAUACUUCUGGGUCUCAAAAUAGCCUUUCUAAGUAAGCACAAGAAUUGUUUUGUCCUCACACAGUUAACAGUAAUGGUUCUCUGAAAUACACGUUCAAACUGGACUCGCUGACGCUAGCAUUCCAGAGUCAGCUGAGGCGAAUGCACAAGUGUGUAGUUCCAACUUCAAGUCUAGGCCUUUGUGCUCUGUGUCACAGGAAAAAUUUCUGCCUAGCCCAGCACGUCACGGCUGAUUUGUAUGAGCAUAUCGUAGGCACUUUAGACAAUGCUUAGACUGCCACACAGACUCUGGACAACAAGCACAGCCGUGUUACAGAGCCUUCUCACGAACGUGCAUACGGCGAGG